ACGUGACGCUGGGGCUCAGCAUGGCGGAGGUGGUGGCCGCUCCCGCUGUGCCCGCGGUCCGGAGCCCCCGGCGCUGAGCCGGAGCCGAGCCGGCGCCUGGGACCUGCCUUUCCCCCUCGUCCCCUCCGCCCGCCAUGGCCGAGCCGGCGGCUGCGGGGGUCUCCUCGCUGCCCCGCGAGGUCCGCGAGCAGCUGGCCGAGCUGGAGCUGGAGCUCUCCGAAGGGGACAUCACACAAAAGGGGUAUGAGAAGAAGAGAGCAAAGCUUCUGGCUCCGUAUGUUCCACAAACCCAAGGGGUUGAUCCAGCAUUACAGAAGGAAUCCAAACCUCAGAUGCCCGCUCCAUCUGCCACUCCAGCCUCAGCAUCAUCCUCAUCCUCAGCAUCCAAAUUUCACCGAGCUCGCUCAGGGGGAGCCAGAGAUGAACGUUAUCGAUCGGAUAUCCACACAGAAGCAGUUCAAGCAGCACUGGCAAAACACAAAGAACAGAAGAUGGCCCUGCCCAUGCCAACAAAAAGACGCUCCACCUUUGUUCAGUCUCCAGCUGAUGCCUGCACCCCUCCAGACACGUCUUCCGCAUCCGAGGAUGAGGGGUCGCUAAGGCGCCAAGCUGCUCUUUCUGCUGCAUUGCAUCAGAGCUUACAGAAUGCUGAGUCUUGGAUCAACCGAUCUAUUCAGGGGUCAUCCACAUCUUCAUCAGCAUCUUCUACACUUUCCCAUGGAGAAGGCAAAGGGACCAGUGGGUCACUAGCUGAUGUAUUUGCCAAUACUCGAAUAGAAAACUUCUCAGUUCCCCCAGAUGUCACAGCAACUACCUCCUCUUCCUCAGCACGCCCAGCAGCGAUCGACCUUCCUCCUUCAGGAAUCGUGAAAGGCAUGCACAAGGGAUCUAACCGCUCUAGUCUCAUGGAUACUGCUGAUGGUGUUCCUGUGAGCAGUAGAGUCUCCACAAAAAUUCAGCAGUUGCUUAACACCUUGAAAAGACCUAAAAGACCCCCCCUGAAAGAAUUCUUUGUGGAUGAUUUUGAAGAAAUUGUGGAAGUUCCACAGCCUGACCCAAAUCAGCCCAAGCCAGAGGGACGUCAGAUGACACCAGUGAAGGGAGAACCCCUGGGAGUUGUUUGUAACUGGCCUCCUGCCUUAGAAGCAGCACUGCAGCGCUGGGGAACCACACAAGCUAAAUGUCCCUGUCUGACAGCACUGGAUGUUACAGGAAAACCAGUUUAUACCCUCACGUAUGGCAAAUUGUGGAGCAGAAGUCUCAAGCUGGCCUACACGCUGCUUAAUAAACUGGGAACCAAAAAUGAACCCGUGUUAAAACCUGGAGAUAGGGUAGCUCUUGUUUAUCCCAACAAUGACCCAGUCAUGUUUAUGGUGGCAUUUUACGGCUGUCUCCUAGCAGAAGUCAUACCAGUGCCUAUAGAGGUACCUCUUACCAGAAAGGAUGCUGGUGGUCAGCAGAUUGGUUUUCUGCUGGGAAGCUGUGGUAUUGCUUUGGCCCUCACCACUGAAGUUUGUCUGAAAGGGCUUCCAAAAACCCAAAAUGGAGAGAUUGUGCAGUUUAAAGGUUGGCCCAGACUCAAAUGGGUUGUGACAGAUUCAAAAUAUCUCUCCAAAUCUCCUAAGGACUGGCAGCCCAACAUCUCAGCUGCAGGAACUGAGCCAGCAUAUAUUGAGUACAAGACAAGCAAAGAGGGCAGUGUUAUGGGUGUUACAGUGUCCCGGAUUGCCAUGCUGUCUCACUGUCAAGCCUUGUCUCAGGCCUGCAACUACUCUGAAGGUGAAACAAUAGUGAAUGUUCUGGAUUUUAAGAAGGAUGCAGGCUUGUGGCAUGGCAUUCUCACGAAUGUAAUGAACAAGCUGCACACUAUCAGUGUGCCCUAUUCUGUGAUGAAAACCUGCCCACUCUCGUGGGUGCAGAGAGUUCAUGCCCACAAAGCAAAAGUUGCUUUAGUCAAGUGUCGAGACUUGCACUGGGCCAUGAUGGCCCAUCGAGACCAAAGAGACGUCAGUUUGAGUUCUCUACGCAUGCUGAUUGUAACCGAUGGUGCAAAUCCUUGGUCUGUUUCCUCAUGUGAUGCCUUCCUGAGCUUGUUUCAGAGCCAUGGGCUUAAACCAGAGGCAAUUUGCCCAUGUGCCACAUCUCCAGAAGCGAUGACCAUUGCAAUACGGAGACCUGGAGUUCCCGGGGCACCUCUGCCUGGAAGGGCCAUCCUGUCCAUGAAUGGGCUGAGUUUUGGUGUCAUUCGUGUCAACACUGAAGAUAAAAACUCUGCGCUCACUGUCCAGGAUGUUGGCCAUGUGAUGCCAGGAGGAAUGAUGUGUAUAGUGAAACCUGAUGGACCACCUCAGCUCUGUAAAACAGAUGAGAUUGGUGAAAUCUGUGUUAGCUCCAGAGCAGGAGGAAUGAUGUAUUAUGGGCUGGCAGGGGUGACAAAGAAUACAUUUGAGGUUAUCCCUGUGAACUCAGCUGGCUCUCCAGUGGGUGAAGUGCCAUUUGUCCGUUCUGGCUUGCUGGGAUUUGUUGGACCUGGCAGUUUGGUGUUUGUGGUUGGAAAGAUGGAUGGAUUGCUGACAGUCAGCGGCCGCAGACAUAACGCUGAUGACAUUGUUGCAACAGGAUUGGCAGUAGAGUCAAUAAAAACAGUUUACAGAGGAAGGAUUGCUGUGUUCUCAGUAUCUGUCUUCUACGACGAGAGGAUUGUGGUGGUUGCAGAGCAGAGGCCAGAUGCAUCUGAAGAAGACAGUUUUCAGUGGAUGAGUCGAGUGCUGCAGGCAAUCGACAGCAUUCACCAAGUGGGUGUGUAUUGCCUUGCUCUUGUGCCAGCCAACACAUUGCCAAAAACUCCAUUGGGAGGGAUCCAUAUCUCACAAACUAAACAGCACUUUCUGGAGGGCUCUCUGCAUCCGUGCAACAUCCUCAUGUGCCCGCACACAUGUGUGACAAACUUGCCAAAACCCAGGCAGAAACAACCAGGCGUUGGCCCUGCCUCUGUGAUGGUGGGGAACCUGGUUGCUGGGAAGCGUAUUGCUCAAGCUUCUGGAAGAGAUCUUGGUCAAAUAGAAGACAAUGAUUUAGUUAAAAAGCACCAGUUCCUGACAGAGGUAUUACAGUGGAGAGCUCAAGCAACUCCUGACCACCCACUCUUCCUUUUAUUAAAUGCCAAGGGAACCACUGUGUGCACAGCCACCUGCCUUCAGUUGCACAAAAAAGCUGAGAGAAUUGCAUCAGUUCUGUGCGACAAAGGACAUCUCAAUGCAGGAGACAAUGUGGUGCUUCUUUAUCCUCCUGGCAUUGAGCUAAUCACCGCGUUCUAUGGCUGUUUGUACGCUGGCUGCAUCCCCGUGACCGUGAGACCACCUCAUGCUCAGAGCCUCACUGCUACUCUGCCCACUGUGCGAAUGAUCGUGGAAGUCAGCAAAGCUGCCUGUAUUCUCACAACCCAGACCUUAAUGAGACUACUGAAAUCCAGAGAAGCAGCUGCUGCUGUGGAUGUGAAAACCUGGCCAACCAUCAUUGACACAGAUGACUUGCCCAGGAAGCGGCUUUCUCAGAUCUAUAAGCCACCUACGCCUGAAAUGUUAGCAUAUCUAGAUUUUAGUGUUUCCACAACAGGCAUGCUUACGGGAGUAAAGAUGUCCCACGCAGCGGUGAGUGGCCUUUGCAGGGCAAUCAAGCUGCAGUGUGAGCUCUACUCCUCCCGGCAGAUUGCAAUUUGUCUUGACCCCUAUUGUGGACUAGGUUUUGUGCUCUGGUGCCUUUGCAGUGUGUAUUCUGGACACCAGUCAAUUUUAAUUCCUCCUAUGGAGCUGGAAUCCAAUCUUUUUCUCUGGUUAUCUACUGUCAGCCAGUAUAAAAUAAGGGACACUUUCUGUUCCUAUUCAGUCAUGGAACUGUGCACAAAGGGACUUGGAAACCAAGUUGAAAUGUUAAAGGCACGUGGGAUUAAUCUGUCCUGUGUGCGGACUUGUGUGGUAGUUGCAGAGGAACGGCCACGAGUUUCUCUCACUCAUUCCUUCUCCAAACUCUUCAAAGACAUUGGCCUGUCCUCUCGUGCUGUAAGCACCACCUUCGGGUCAAGAGUCAACGUUGCCAUCUGCUUACAGGGAACAUCUGGGCCUGAUCCCACCACCGUUUAUGUAGAUCUGAAAUCCUUGAGACAUGACAGAGUACGUCUGGUGGAAAGGGGAGCUCCUCAAAGCCUGCUGCUUUCAGAAUCUGGGAAGAUUUUACCUGGAGUCAAAGUGGUCAUUGUCAAUCCUGAGACAAAAGGACCUCUUGGAGAUUCUCACCUCGGGGAGAUUUGGGUCAAUAGUCCACACACAGCCAGUGGCUACUACACUAUCUACGACAAUGAAACCCUUCAAGCUGAUCAUUUCAACACUCGUCUGAGUUUUGGUGAUGCUGCUCAGACACUUUGGGCUCGGACCGGCUACCUUGGGUUUGUUCGUCGCACAGAGCUCACAGCUGCCAGUGGAGAGCGCCACGAUGCACUGUAUGUUGUUGGAGCACUGGAUGAAACUUUGGAGCUGAGGGGGCUGCGUUACCAUCCAAUUGACAUUGAGACUUCAGUAUCUCGGACACACAGAAGCAUUGCUGAAUGUGCUGUAUUCACAUGGACCAACUUGCUUGUGGUUGUUGUGGAGCUGUGUGGCUGUGAACAGGAAGCCCUGGAUUUAGUCCCUCUAGUCACAAACGUGGUCCUGGAAGAACAUUACCUAAUUGUGGGAGUGGUGGUGGUAGUGGAUCCUGGAGUUAUCCCUAUCAAUUCCAGAGGAGAGAAACAACGAAUGCAUCUCCGUGACAGCUUCCUAGCUGAUCAGUUAGAUCCCAUAUAUGUAGCAUAUAACAUGUGAUGUGUAUGGGGGGGGAAGUGAUGUUCGGCAACUUUGUGGGACCACUAAAUGACAGGAGGUGGCUUGAGAACUGAAGCUGGUGAAAAUUACUAAUACUUGAUAUCAAGUUUGAGAUUGCUGCCACAUUCCCUUCAUCUCAUCCUGUGCUGUUGAGAUCACAUUAACUACCAAGGGGCAGAAGGAGAUGUGGUAGACAAUGGAAAACUUCUGUAACAGUUUACUGCAAUAUUAGCUUUAUAGAAAAUGCAAAGUUGACAAGUGUGUGAGCUACAAAAUUCCUUAAGGCCUUUACAGUAGUGUUACUUUUUUCAUCUGUUGUACAUACUUGUAUUUUUAUCUAAUACUGUUUUAGGAUUCUAUAAGGGGAGGGUUUAUUUAGUUAAGAUAAUAAACUAUUAGGAAAAGGGUCAUCAGAGUUCUGCAGUUCCCUACUCUAUAAUGUCCUUUGCAUCUGGACUGUAGCUAUUCAUUCCAUGGGAUCACACAACCUGGUUAAAAUUGUGCCAUGACCAAAUCAAUAACUUACGGAAUCAAAGAGUUACUUAUUCAUAUAGAUAUUUCUUGAAUUUAAAGAAGAAUUUUGCCUAUAUUUUAAAUAUGUAAAUAUUAUUAUACAUAAUUCACUUAGAUAGAAAAUUAACUUGGAUAAUGAUGACAGCUGAAGGUAGAAAUUUUUAAGGAUGAGUAACUUUUGUGGUCCUUAGCAGAAUUACAUUUGGUUAGACAACUAAUGUGAGAUACACACACCUUUCACAAGUUUUCUUAUUUCAGUAUGUAGUCUUUUAUUGCUGGCCAGACGUGUGUCAUAGCAUGUAGAAACCUUUAAUUCCAAGGCACAUCUUUCUAAAAGAGGCUGAAUUGAAACAGUAGCAUGGAAUUUGGUUGAAAUUGCAGUGCAAGUCUAAAACGCUUAACUGAAAUGAUGCACGUGAGGGACAGCCUCUGCCUCAUCCUCUGUGUCACCUUGUGUUUGAAGGGAAGAAAAAGUCCAUUAGACUGACACAGUUAAACUCAGUGUUUGUGCAAUUCAACCACUGCUCCACAUAGUUCCCUAUAGGCAGAGCAAGAAAUACUGUAAAUAGGCUUUAAUGUGAACUGGGAGGCAACAACCUGGUUUUCCUCAAAGCAGUCAUUAGAAAGAAUCAGAUGAUGCUGGAGUUUAAGUUGAACUCAUUUUUAUUUCUUACAGGAGGAGGCCCAAAAAUGAGACAGAGCAAUUCUGGUAAACAUAUUGUUAAAUAACUUUAGUGAAAAUUAAUAUCCCAGCCUUCAAACACUUUUCACAUUACUAAAUGUCAAGAAACAGAAGCCUUAGAGUAGCCAGUGUAAGCUCUUACAGUGAGGAAGCAAUUGCACGGUGGGCUGAGGGAGAGAUGGUGUUUAAGCUUUGACUCAAAAAUCACCUUUCUUGCAUUUAAUACUUCAUAAUCUUCUAAGAACAAUUAAAUUCCCGUGUAUGUUAAGGAAAUAAGAUUCUGGAAGCAAUGAGAGCUGACACCAGAUACUGCAACAGGGUUUUUUGAGUCAAAAGUGGUAGACGGUGUAAGUGAACUUGUUAAAAUGUUCCAAAUUACCUCAAUCAAAGUUUGUAGGCAGUUUUUCAUAGGUUUAGAGGCUGAACUCUGAAGAUCCUGUGGCAGCUGGAGCAGAACUCAAUGUAUGUGUAAGCAAAACAGAACCCCUGGUGCGUUGGUACUUCUUUGCUGAAGACAGGAGUGUUGCAAUUUACCUAAGAAGUUCCAAAUUAUAUUCUUGAAAAAUACUUGGUGGGAGAAUAAAUUCAGACACUGGAAGUUAUUAUGGCAAGUGUAGGCUUCGGAGUUCCUUGCAAACACUUCACUUUACCUCUUUGAACCAUGUCUGUAUCCACCACAGUGGUCAGGCAACGUGGGAGAUGCUGUUUUCAUGGUGAGGGAAGUGGCUCUGUGACCAGUGCAGUUGGUGCUGCAACUUAGGGUGUGAAGUGCACAAAAGUGGUUCUCCCUUUUUAGCCAGCAAAGUCUUGUUAUUCCAUGCUAUGCAUCACUCCUUAUAUUUUCUUGCAAGCAAAGUGUUUUGCAGUGCAGCUUCACUUCAUUGUUGCCUGUUUCAGAAAAAAUUCUGAUGGCCUUGACCUUUUUCUUACUCAAACUGAAGCGUUUGGUGAAUUGUUUCAACAAAUCAUUUGCCCAUUGAAGUGGAUUUUAAGUACAGUUUUAGGGUUGUCUUUUAUUUUUCCUCAUGAUAUUUCAGAUAUAAAAAAAUGCAUGUAUUAAUUCAAUCAAAGAUUCCCGGUAUGGGGCAGAGUGACUUUCCAAAAUGGCAUUUUUUUAAAGACAUACUGGAUUAUUUUGGGGUUUUUUUCCUUGUUUUUAUUUGCAUAGGUAUUAAUAGCUUCUUAUGGUUUGGGGAUUUCUCUUGCAAGUUUACUGGGUGCUCUUAAUCUUUAUUCUGGCAUGUUACAUUUCUGUGUGUUGGAGAACUGCAAGUUUACAGUCCUGCCCAUUGACCGAGAGCACAUUCCAUUCCUGAUCUCCAGUAAGUGACACACAGCAGCUGGCCAGUUUUGACUUUGCUUUUGUCCAUGUUUGGCACAGUGAAGAGCAGUGUCCUGGAGAGGAGGAAGUAUGGAGCUGUGGCUCUGGAAACCACACAUUCCAACUCCAGCUCUGCUAAUGACUUACCACAAGGCCUUCCACAGGUCAUUUCACUCCUUCUGUUUCUUCCUCUGUAGAGGAGGAUCUUAUCUAAUCCUUACAACAUCCCUGUGAGGUAACUAACUGUACAGCACUAAGUGCUAACUAUUUCUCAUUGCGAGCCUCUUUGAGGCUGGGCUCAGUUUGUUCUUCCAAACUGGUAAAUGAUCAUUUGGUUGUCAGGGCAAAGCUGUCAAAAGAUGCAGCCGUGGUGCUUUAGAGAACAAACUCAGUCACUGGCAGGGCCACUGGGUUGCGUGCUUGGGUUCAGAGCUGGGUGCUUUCCCCCCAAGUGCUGAAUCAAGCCUGGAAUCCCAAGCAGCAGACUCUCCACACCAGUUUGACUUUGCAGCUUGUGCAGUUGCAGGAGGCAAAAGUAUUCCCUGCCAUGGCCCAUCCAAUUCCAUGCUAACAGCUGCAGUGAAACUUACAAACCUAGGAAUUCUUAACGCUUUGAACUGAAGUAUUUUGUAUGUCUUACUGUUCGUGAAUAUUCCCUAAGCAAAAGAUGUGGGUACAGGUAACUUCAAGUCCUGUCUUGUUAAAACUUGCACUGCCUUUCUGAUUUAAAUAAAUGUAAUUCAGAUGUGUCACCCUAACUGUCCUACAAAUAAGGUUGUAAAAAUGAGAUAAAUUUUAGCCCUAGAUGGAAUUUUUCUUUCAUUUCUGUCAAGCUCUCUCCCAUUGUCAGAUUCAGGCUACAGCAUUAUGUAAUUAUGUAUAAAGUUUUUAUUUAUUUAAAAUUAGAUUAGCUAUACAUUUUUAAAUUUAACAUCUGGCUGGACAGUGUUCCAUUAACGCAUUGAUUGUGUUUCCUUUGUCUUGUGUUAAUAAAUAUUGAUGCCUGA